CGGCGGCGGGCGCGGCGGGCGAGGCGGGGUCGCCGGGCGCGGGGCCGGCGCGGCGCUCGCCCGGGAGAGAAGCAGCGCUUGUGCGUGGCGGAGCGCGGACGGCGGCGGGGCCGGGCGCCGAGGGGAGGGCGCGGUCCCGGCUCGGGGGCGGUGUCUCCCGGUCGCUCCCGCCGAGGCGCCUGCGGGGAAAGCCGCGGCCCCCCGGGGCGGAUCCGAGGAUAUCCUUAAUCCCUCUCUCAUUGAACUGAAGUGGAUAAGAACUUAUUUUCAUUUUUGAGAACACAGGAGUGAAUGCCACAAUGAAUGGUCAUAUUCCUAAUCAUCCCAGUGGUUUUGGAAUAUACCCAUCUCAAAUUAAUGGCUACGGAUCAUCACCUGCCUUUCCCCAGAUGGAUAGAGACCAGAGUUCAAAACCAAGUGCAAAGGCCCUUUAUGGACCAGAUGGAUCAUACUUCUUCAGGUCAUCAUCCAAACAAAAAAAGAAAGAACAAAGGAAGAACUAUGCACGGGACAGUGUCAGCAGUGUGUCAGAUAUAUCCCAAUACCGUGUUGAGCAUUUGACUACCUUUGUUCUGGACCGGAAAGAUGCCAUGAUAACUGUUGAUGAUGGAAUAAGGAAGCUGAAAUUGCUUGAUGCCAAGGGCAAAGUGUGGACUCAAGAUAUGAUUCUUCAAGUAGAUGACAGAUCCGUGAGCCUGAUUGACUUAGAAUCAAAGAAUGAACUGGAGAAUUUUCCUUUAAGCACAAUUCAGCACUGCCAGCCCGUGAUGCAGUCUUGUAACUAUGAUUCCAUUCUUGCUCUGGUGUGCAAAGAGGCAACUCAGAACAAACCAGACCUUCAUCUUUUCCAGUGUGAUGAGAUUAAGGCAAACCUGAUCAGUGACGAUAUUGAGAGCGCCAUCAGUGACAGCAAAGGAGGGAAACAGAAGAGGCGGCCCGAGGCCCUGAGGAUGAUUUCCAAAGCCGAUCCUGGGAUUCCACCUCCACCAAGAGCUCCCGCCCCGCUGCCCCCCGUGGAUGUCAGAAGCCGGGUGGCCGCCUGGUCUGCGUGGGCAUCUGACCAGGGGGACUUUGAGAAGUCGAGGCCGUACCCUGAGCACGAGGAAACCCCCGAGAUGAUGCAUGCCCGGAUCGACAGGGAUGUGCAAAUAUUAAACCACAUUUUGGAUGACAUUGAGUUUUUUAUCACAAAACUCCAAAAAGCAGCAGAAGCAUUUUCUGAGCUCGCUAGAAGGAAGAAAAUUAAGAAAGGGAAAAAGAGAGGACCAGGAGAGGGUGUCUUAACGUUGAGGGCAAAGCCUCCACCUACUGAUGAAUUUUUUGACUGCUUUCAAAAGUUUAAGUAUGGAUUUAACCUUCUGGCCAAAUUGAAACCUCAUAUCCAGAACCCAAGUGCUACAGAUUUGGUCCAUUUUUUAUUUACUCCAUUAAAUAUGGUGGUCCAGGCUACGGGAGGACCUAACCUAGCCAGUUCAGUCCUCAGCCCUCUCCUGACUAAAGACACAGUUGAUUUCUUAAAUUACACCGUCAAUGCUGAUGAAAGGCAGCUGUGGAUGUCCCUGGGAGACACCUGGCUGAAAGUCAGAGCAGAGUGGCCAAAAGAACAGUUCAUCCCACCGUAUGUCCCGCGCUUCCGCAACGGCUGGGAGCCCCCCAUGCUGAACUUCACGGCCCCGCCAGUGGAGCAGGAUCCUUACCACCGGACGGAACCCAUGGCCAUUGCCGCGGAACAGCAGCGCAAGGCCGAAGCGCAGAGACUGGCCGCAGAGCACCCCGGUGCAUCCGAGUAUUCUCCCACGGAUGGCUAUGCGUUCAAUAAUAUUUACUCAAGAGGGUCCAACCUGGAGCAAGGAGAUGCCGCUGUUGCUUUUAAGCCAACACCUAAUCGCCAUGUAGACAGAAAUUAUGAGCCACCCAAAACACAACCCAAGAAGUUUGCCAAAUCCAAGUACGAGUUCAUAGCAAGGAAUCACAGUGAACUCUCGGUGCAGAAGGAUGACAUUUUAGAGAUCCUCGAUGACAGGAAGCAGUGGUGGAAAGUGCUCAAUGCAAGUGGAGACUCCGGAUUCGUGCCAAACAACAUCCUGGAUAUUGUGAGAGCUCCAGAAUUGGGACCAGGGCGUGCUGAUCCACCUUACACACAUACCAUCCAGAAACAGAGAAUGGAAUAUGGCCCCCGACCGACGGAGACUCCCCCGGCGCCGUCACCUCCCCCAACACCAGCUCCUGUUCCAGUCCCCCUUCCUCCUUCGAUGCCAGCCCCAGUGCCUGUGUCAAAGGUCCCUGCAAACGUCACCCGCCAGAACAGCAGCUCCAGCGACAGCGGCAGCAGCAUUGUGCGGGAUGCUCAGAGACAGAAGCAGCUCCCGGUGGACCGGAGGAAGUCCCAGAUGGAAGAGGUGCAGGACGAGCUCAUCCACAGACUGACCAUUGGGCGCAGCAUGGCCCAGAAGAAGUUCCACGUGCCACGGCAGAACGUGCCUGCCAUCAACAUCACCUACGAGUCCUCCCCAGAGGAUGUCAAGACCUGGCUACAGUCGAAGGGGUUCAGCCCCGUGACUGUCAACAGUCUUGGAGUGCUGAAUGGUGCGCAGCUUUUCUCUCUCAAUAAAGAUGAGCUGAGGACAGUCUGUCCGGAAGGAGCCAGAGUCUUUAACCAAAUCACCGUCCAAAAGGCUGCAUUAGAGGAUAACAGUGGCAGCUCUGAGUUGCAAGAGAUUAUGCGAAGGCGUCAAGAGAAAAUCAGCGCGGCUGCGAGUGACUCGGGCGUGGAGUCGUUCGACGAGGGGAGCAGUCACUAACACGUUGGCUUACGGUCUCCAUCGCUCUUGGCAUCACUCCAACAUGCUUUGUUUUAGGAAGACGUGAAGGCAGUGUCAGACUCUCAUUAAUUGACACAUCUAACUUAUCUCCGAAAAGAGACUAAUGCAAAUUUAAGGAAGCAGAGGACUUGCUUCUGGGCCCAUUAUUUUUAUUAAAGCUGAAAACAAUAUUUAAACAAAUUUUGUCCUGGGGCAGUAUUUUGCCUCUUCUUCUCAAGAUCAGAUUUAGUUUUGGGAACUAAGUUUUCACCUCCCUCUCAGUGUCUGUUCAGACAUUUGUGGAUCGUGGUGAAUUUAUUUAUUGUAAGAAAAUAGAAAUCUCGUUCAAGAUUGGAAACUCUCAAUGAGUGUAAUUUUCCCUGUGACUUCGGUGUCUGUCCCCCUGAGUACGGCUUCCUCUCAGGUACCCUCUGCCUGCUACGUCUCUUCUUUCAUAUACUCAGUGAUAAAGCCUUUAGAUUUAUGUAGGAGUUCUUUAAUGCCAACAGUUUUUUUUUUUAAAUUAAAGACAUUUAAUGAGCUGUAAAAUGGAACACGGGCUUCAGACAUGCAAUUAUAAAGCUCUGAAGCAUUCCCAAGACAUUUUAUUUGUCAUAGCUCUGUUGAUCUCAACUCCUUGUAUAGCUUGUAUUUUGACUUACUUUAUAUUCUGCUUAGUCUCUCUGUGUGUUCUUAUGUAUGAGAAAGCACAAGUGGGAAAGACGUCAGAGACAAAACCUGCCACAGGAAGUUGCCUGCAUCGGUGUGCAUUACAGUAUUCUGCUACGGAAGGCUUCAGUUUGGAAUACCAAUAUACAUAGUUAAAAAAGAAAUUGGGGCCAUUUUAUGUGUUUAUCUGUGUCAAGUUUUUCUGGUAAUAAGAAAUACUUCAUUUACACAUACUUUAAUCUUGUGCGUGAUUCUAGAUAAAGAAAGAUACUUAACCUUCAACAAAUGUUAUUUUUGGAAACACGAUUUUUGUCAUUAAAUGUUAUAUGAUUUCACAUAUAUAAGACAGAUGUUAUGUAAGAAUGGUGUAUAUUUUAACAUAAAUCCAUUUAGAGAGAUGAUCUAGAUGCAUUAAUUUUCAUAGUGCCUUUUUCACGAGUCAGCUGGAAAGUCUGCAAUAAACAGUAUUUGCUGUCUGUUAA